ACCGGUUGYGUUGGAGCUGGCUCGAUUCGAUGCGGACGACGACCUCUUGCGGCGUGGCCCUCUUUCAAUCCCCGGUGCGACUCCACCCCACGCCCCACGGAUGCGGGACCAUCCGSUGCCGGAACACGGCGCUGCCCUGGCGGCCGGAGGGUGGCGGCGGCGGCGACGGCGACGGUGAUCGUGACCCACCCCACCGCGGUCCCCCGUGGCAGGGGCAUCCGGGCGCGGGUGCGUGGUGGCCCGGGGGCAGACACAGAGACAGACACAGCAGCAACGACAACGGCAAACGCCGGGCGAGAUCCCGGCGAGUCCUCCUCCGGAUGGCCGGGCACGACGACGACGGCGAAGGCAACGACGAACGGAAGGACCGGAGCCCGGGCACCGAGCGCCGCGUCCGGGAGCCGAGAGAGGCGUCGUUUCUGGACAAGCUGGUGGACGGGGCCCUGUUUUUGGACACGGGAAAAKCCGGCGCGAACCAAGCMCCGCCGGUUUCCACGGUCGUUGUGCUGCUGGCAGCUUCCGUGCCCCCGCUGGCGGUCCUGCCCAACCCGACCGSCCGGGCGUGGUUUCUCGGGCUCUUGGGACUCUUCUCGGUUCUGUCGGAAUGGUGCUUCCGAGAUCCGUUCGGCGGCGAGCAAGGCGGUCUUGCGGACGAACGCGAGGCCGAACACGGCGGCGGCUCGUUCGUGGCAAGGUGGUCCCUUGCCGGCCUCGGGGCAUUCGUGUCGGCGGGCAUCCUGGCACCCCUCGAUUCCGAGGCGCCGGCUGUGGCGCCCGCCGCGGGGGCGGUGUCGCGGACCGGCGCGCCGCUUCUGGUGGCCGCUGCCGCCGCUGGACUCGUCCUGGGGUAUGCGUUGUUCUCCAGCGGCGGGCAAGGUCCGGAAACAAACGACGAAAACGACGACGACGACGACGACGACACACCGACGAAAUCGUCCGAGGAAAUCGCAAUGGAGCUAUGGGAUGAGGAAUUCAGGAGCGAAAAAGACCGGAGGGAUGGAUCGAGAUAAUUCGAGAUAAUUGUAUCCGUGCACCAUUUCAACAAUAUAGUACGGCCGGGUCUACCACCCCACUCCAUCCAUAAACGGAUGGCUAGGGGAAUCGUGCGAAUAAGAGGCAACACAAAUU